AUGCUUCUUAAACUCGGCACGCCAGUCAACAUUUGCGGGGACCUUCACGGGCAAUUCAAUGACUUGAUGCGGAUUAUGGAUUCAGAGGGAUUUCCACACUGUCGCAGCUAUCUCUUCCUAGGAGAUUAUGUGGAUCGAGGGGCACAAUCAAUGGAGCUGAUCUUGUUCAUGUUUGCAUGCAAGGCCUGUUUUUUGAAUACGUGUUUAAUAAUACGGUCUAACCAAUGUUUAUUUUAA